CAAAAGGUUCCCAUCAGAAUUGAGUAUUCUUGGGAUCAUCGAGRAUUUCCUAACUUUGUCCAUGUCUGUAUGRCGAAGAAGUGGUUGUCAAUUGGAAAAGCCAGCUACAUCGGAACUCUUAUUUUGGUUUUCUUGAUGGUAUGAUCAUAGAAGAAGUGUGCUGUUGCGGAAAUACUUGAUUCGGAGUGCGAGCAAGAAAGUUUGCGUAGUUUUCAUAUCCKAUUUUGAUCAUGAACCUUUKUCUGUGCAGUUGUUAGCAUUUUUCUUUCAUUAGAAUUGAGAUAGAUCCAAAUAUCAAUAACCUUUUGUCUCCUUUCGGUAAAUUUCAUUUCAUUUUUCGAACAUCAUAUCAUAUUACCAGUAUCGCUUUCUUCGGACGGCGUCGUUAUUAUCAACUUCGUUUUCGAGCACAAGCAGUAGUGCCACCUUUCUAGCUGGGACUGCUGCGUUCAUGACGACAGGUGUAAGGUGUUCCGAGAGCAACAGUGACACGUGCACAACGACGAGGAUGAACAAGCUUCCUGCCCAUCCGCAUCCUUCGGAGUUUCCGAUUGGUUUGGGAACGAUGGACAUUACACCCGAUCAGGUACCGAGUUCCAUUGCUUCUGCCCUUCGGUUGGGUURCCGAAGGAUCGAUUGCGCCCCGGUUUAUUUUAACGAAGACAAGAUUGGUGACGCUCUCGCGGAAAACGUACUAGGAUCGAUGAAAGAGGGAAUCAUCGACAACGAGCRGAAGAAGGAUGCCAUACUCAGGGAAGAUCUCUUCAUUGUUUCGAAAUUGGCCUCGCCCUUUCAUCGAAAAGAACACGUCAAAAUUGGUCUCCAAAAGACCCUAAAUGAUCUGCGUCUCGAUUAUUUGGAUUUGUAUCUGAUCCAUUGGCCCCAGGCCUUCAAGUUUGUCGAAAUAGACCCAAGCAUCCGGGGCUAUGGCGGCGAAGCGCAGUACAUCGACGACUCCAACAACGGCGAAAACAUUGAYCCGGGUGUUUCCGUCCACGAGACGUGGUCGGCGAUGGAAGAACUCGUCGAGGAGGGACUGGUUCGGCACAUCGGUGUGUCGAAUUUUCCCGUCUCGUUGCUGCACGAGCUCAUGGCGGGAAACCACACGAUWCUUCCGGCCGUCAAUCAGGUAGAAAUGCACCCGUACCUGCAGCAAUCCAAGCUAUUGGCCUAUUGCAAGAAACGAAAAGUCCACGUACAGGCCUAUAGCCCACUUGGCACUUCUGGGUACAAGGAAAAAGACGAGCCAACCCUAUUGGAGGAUCCAGUGCUGCAAAAGAUAGCUGUCAAUCACGGAAUCACCGUGGCACAGGUUUGCCUCGCCUGGGCUUUGCAACGGGGGACGUCGGUGGUCGCUAAGAGUGCCUCCGAGGCACACCAACAAGAGAAUUUUGGAUCGUCGUCCGACGGCAUAGUUCUGUCAGACGACGAGAUGGUCGAAAUCGAGGGCUUGGAACGUGGCCAUCGUUUUUUUCGUCCCGAGGAGUGGUGGGGUGAUUUGGCAAUGGCGGUUUUUGAUUGAAAUURUGGCGCAGAUCCCGCAGGCACACUGUCGGUUUGCAAACCUCGCCAGCGUUCCAUAUAUAUAGUUGUUUUCAAAGUAUUUGUCAAAAAGCCAACAASCCAUAUCAGAUUAUUCCCGACUAAUGUUUAUCUAUCGAAGGCAGUGGAAGAUAGAAAGGGGCUGCAACAUGUGUAACUACAUACAAGGACUUCAAUGUUCCAGUAUAUGCUUUGCUGAACUAAGAUGGCUCUCACGUAUCCAGUACGAGUGUAGGGGCGAGAUUCAUCUCUGCUUGUGUAUCAAUGUGUAUCCCGUGUUUAGAUUGUUGUUGAAGCUUUYUAUCGCUAUUCGCAAGAUUAAAGUAAYAGCAUCCUGAGGAUCCAGAUGUAUGUGUCGAUUCGUUUUGGCUGUCUCUGUCACUAUCGAAAUCUCUCAUACUCGGAAAGCAUCGCAUUGUAUACGAAUUGACAUAGGUAAUCUGCCCCCUUCCAGUGGAGUGCUUCGAGCUCAACCUUGUACUUACGCAUCGCUUUGAGUUCACGGAUCCACCUGGAUCUGUUUCUCCCACCCAAGUCAACAAAGCAGUCCGAGUUCGGUGUCUUUGGCGCUAGUAAGGAGUCCAAUCGUUUCGUGUCGUUGCUGGUCAAUUCCUGAAACACCUGRGGCGGAAGAUCCAUUGUUUCGAUCUGAGAAGGGAAUAGGCCGAUCCAAUGUAGUGCCUCGGGGGAAUCAUGAGUUUUAUCGUGUUCGGUUUCGCUCCCGCUUGCACUCGGUUCAUCGAUUCUGAUCUUGCUCCUACUUUUUCUUUGCKUGGAACUACUUUUGAUUUUUCGGUGGAGUCUGACUCCCUGGUCGUGCCGGUACGAAUCCAACACCGAAACUCCGAAAGGAUUGCAGUCACUGGCCCAAUGAUUGUGGAAACAAAAAGGCAAACGAUUAAGAAACCUAGCAAAUCGAU